UGGGACCCGCCUCCACCCGCGUUGUUUCCGUCGCGCCGGGCACGGUCUCCGACACGGCGGGGAUGGGCUCCGAGAAGCCGGCAGUGGAUUCCGAUGUUGCGGCCGUGGGCUCUGCUGCGCCGGCUCUGGGCUCCGCGGCGGCGGGCACGGGCUCCGAGUUGGCGCGGCUGCUGGAGGCGGCGGACUUUGCGGCCAGGAAACACAAGGAGCAGCGGCGGAAGGAUCCCGAGGGCACUCCCUAUAUCAACCACCCCAUCGGCGUUGCCAGGAUCCUGGCGCAUGAGGCUGGCGUGACGGACAUAGUGGUGCUGCAGGCCGCCCUCCUGCACGACACAGUGGAGGACACAGACACCACGUUCUCCGAGAUCGAGGAGUGGUUCGGGGUAGAGGUGCGGCGCGUGGUGGAGGAGGUGACGGACGACAAGACGCUGCCCAAGGCGGAGCGGAAGCGGCUGCAGGUUGAGCAAGCCCCCGGCUGCAGCCACCGGGCCAAGCUGGUCAAACUGGCCGACAAGCUGUACAACCUGCGGGACCUGAACCGCUGCACCCCGCAAGGUUGGUCGGCGGAGCGCGUGCAGGAGUACUUCCGGUGGGCGGCGCUUGUGGUGUCCGGGCUGCGCGGGACGAGCGCGGCCCUGGAGGAGGCGCUGCAGCGCCUGUUCGCGGAGCGCGGCAUCGCCACAUAACCCGCG